GCGGGUAUAUAACUGGGCUCGUGCACCCGGGACGGCGUGUCCGCGCGCCCCACCCACAGCUGCAUGGACGCUUCAUUUCCGCGUCUCCAGAGAGCGCGCGCUGCACAUCAGGCUGUAACGGGAGCAUCUCUCUCCUCCGAACUUACCUACAGAAAGACUGAUCUGGUUUUCUUCGCGGGUCACUUUGAGAGUUUUCCAGAACGCCAGUGAUCAUGGCAAACAGAGGUCCCAGUUACGGCCUGAGCCGGGAGGUGCAGGAGAAAAUCGAUCAGAAGUACGAUCCUGACCUGGAGGCUCGGCUGGUGGACUGGAUCAUCGCUCAGUGUGGAGGAAAUCUGGAAAGACCCCAAGUUGGAAAGCAGAACUUCCAAAAGUGGCUCAUGGACGGCACGAUCCUCUGCAGACUCAUCAACAGUCUGUACCCGCGUGGUAAAGAGCCUAUUAAAAAGAUCCAGGAGACACAGAUGGCCUUUAAGCAAAUGGAGAAGAUCUCGCAGUUCCUUCAGGCAGCUGAGGCGUACGGAGUCAUCACUACGGACAUCUUUCAGACUGUAGAUUUAUGGGAAGGAAAAGACAUGGCUGCCGUCCAGAGAACUCUAAUGGCUCUGGGUAGUGUGGCACUCACCAAGGAUGAUGGGCAUUACCGUGGCAACCGAGACUGGUUCCACAGGAAGUCUCUGGGUAACCGGAGGGAAUUCUCCGAAGAGCAGCUGCGUCAGGGCCAGAACCUGAUCAGCCUGCAGAUGGGCAGCAACCGCGGUGCGUCCCAGGCUGGCAUGACCGGGUACGGCAUGCACCGCCAGAUCAUGUAAGGCAGCGUGGAGAUGAAAGACCUACAUCCUGCAUCAGACACCAAGAAGACCUUAAUCCAUGCAGAGCAGCAACAUCUGGUUCAGUCAUCUGUUUCCUUCACAUCAAAAGAUGAGAUACAGCACUUUUAAUAGCAGUGUCCUUUAAAUAUAUCUUUAAAUUACAUGUAUGAUAUUAAUUAGUAACUUAUUACAACUUAUUAGCAUGACUGUUGUUUUAUUUGUAUUUGUUAAAAAAUAUAUAUAUAUAUAUAAAUACGGGAUUAUCAGCUGCUGUUACUGUACUUAUGUCUAAACCACAUGCUAGUAAACAAUAGGUCAAAAUAGUAGCACAUACUUUUGUCACUUUGGUAUAUUUUGUUGUUGAUUAUUGUAUGAUUUUAGACAUGUUCAUAGUUGCACAAUGAUAAAAAAAAAAAAAACAUCUGUGCACGAACACCUACACACACCCAUACACACAAACACACACACCUGUCAGCCACAUGUGAAUGCAGAGCUGGGUUUGUUUCUUUAUUAAAGAUGCCAAUUUUUUUUUUAUGUUUGUCUCGCCCUUUGUAAUUAUGUGUUCUUAUGUAAUUACAGAUCCAGGUUGAAUUAUGAUUUUUAUGAUUG